AUGUCAGAGCCAUCAUUAAAGCUACGGACGGCUAAGGAUUCCUUGGUUUCGUCCCUUUUUGAGUUGUCUAAAGCGGCAAACCAGACAGCCUCCUGUAUUGUAGACUUCUAUCAUGUCAUCGGUGAAGAUGAAGAAGAGAAGAUAGAAGCGUUCACGACAUUGACAGAGGCGUUGCAACGGCUAACGGCCGCUACAAAUCAGCUCCACGGGGUAAGCACUGAGCUAACGAACCCUCUGGACGACGACAAAGAGGCUCUUCCAUCGUCACCUGCAAAGGGCAUUACGAAGAAAAGACAAGAACGUGACCCGAACGCUCCAAAGAAGCCGUUAACCGUAUUUUUUGCAUAUUCAGCGUAUGUGCGGCAGGCUUUGAGAGAGGAGAGGCAACGGACGGGCCUACCACCCUUGUCAUCCACUGAGAUCACUCAAGAGAUCUCGAAGAAGUGGAAGGAGCUAAGCGAUUCUGAGAAGGAUAAAUGGAAGCAGGCCUAUACCGCUGAGUUGGAGAACUACCAGCGCGAAAAGCAAAAGUACCUAGAGGCCAAGAAGAAUGGUAUCAUGCAUGUGUACGAUGGCCCAAACUCAGCCCCGGUUCCUAUCCCUGAGUACUUGCAAAGUGCAGAAGAUAGUUUUGAGCCGCUGCCAGAGAAGCGGAGCUAUGAGGAAGAAAGCGGCUCUGCUUCUUCGGACAAGAAGAAGAAGAAGAAGAAGAAGGAUAAGAAGAAGGAUAAGAACAGGAGUAGCGGCAACGAUGCAUGA